AUGAAGUUCCUCGACGUCCUUCUCGGUGCCGCAGCUGCCAGCUCGGCCCUGGCAGCGCCGACUUGCACAACCAAGACAAAGCGCGCGGGCAAGUUCAAGUUUGUCGGCGUCAACCAGUCCUGCGCCGAGUUUGGCCAGGACACGCUCCCGGGCCAGCUCAACAAGCACUACACCUGGCCGGCCAAGUCGAGCAUUGAUACACUCCUCGCCACCGGAAUGAACACCAUUCGCAUCCCGUUUAUGAUGGAGCGUCUUAUCCCCAACCAACUGACGGGAACCGUCAACGAAACGUACUCCGCGGGGCUUAUCGAUACCGUUUCCUACGUCACGAGCAAGGGAGCCUAUGCUGUCAUUGACCCCCAUAACUUCGGCCGGUACUACACGCAAGUCAUCACCGACGUCGAAGGCUUCAAGGCCUGGUGGACGACCACGGCCGGGCUGUUUGCCGACAACGACAAGGUCAUCUUCGACACCAACAACGAGUACCACGACAUGGACCAAUCGCUCGUUGUCAAUCUGAACCAGGCCGCCAUCGACGGCAUCCGGGCCGCCGGCGCCACCUCGCAGUACAUCUUUAUCGAGGGCAACUCGUGGACGGGCGCAUGGACCUGGGUCUCCUCGGGCAACGGCGAGUCCCUGCUGAACCUGUCGGACCCGGAGGGCGACGACAAGCUCAUCUACGAGAUGCACCAGUACCUGGACGAGGACGGGUCGGGCACGCACGAGCAGUGCGUCUCGGGCACCAUCGGCCGGGAGCGCCUCCAGGCGGCGACCGAGUGGCUCAAGGCCAACGGCAAGAAGGCCAUCCUGGGCGAGACGGCCGGCGGCGCCAACGACCAGUGCAUCUCGGCCCUGACCGGCAUGCUCUCCUUCAUGGAGGAGAACUCGGACGUCUGGCAGGGCUGGCUCUGGUGGGCUGCCGGUCCCUGGUGGGCCGACUACAUGUACUCGAUUGAGCCGCCGAGCGGUACCGCGUACACCAAGGUUUUGCCCAGCCUCCAGCCUUAUAUCUGA